UUACCACUUGUUCUAGGGACGGUCAGUUGUUCCACUAAUAUUAUACACCAUCAAAUUUGACUAGUUACAUAUAGGCAUCUCCAUUCACUCCCUCCCCUCACACUACACACUCUCACUCUUUCUCUAUCUCUCUCUCUCUCCUCUCCUCCCAAAAACAAUGGAGGAGCAGAACCCAAAAACACAACUCACUGCCUCCACUCCUCCGAAAAGUACUGCUCCAUCCAUGGCCAGCUUGGAUACUAAGCCCCAGCGAAACAACUACGCAGUCGCCUGCGCCAUGCUUGCCUCCAUGGCCUCCAUCAUCUGCGGCUACGACAUCGCGGUGAUGAGCGGGGCGCAGAUCUUCAUCAAGAAGGACCUGAAGGUGACGGACACGCAGAUCGAGAUACUGGCGGGGGUCAUCAACCUGUACUCGCUGCUGGGGUCGCUGGCGGCAGGGCGCACCUCGGACUGGAUCGGGCGGCGCUACACCAUGGUGCUGGCGGCCGCCAUCUUCUUCGCGGGGGCGCUGAUGAUGGGCCUCGCCCCGGACUACGCCGUGCUGAUGGCCGGCCGCUUCGUGGCAGGAGUCGGGGUCGGCUACGCUGUCAUGAUCGCGCCCGUGUACACGGCCGAGCUUUCGCCCGCGGCGUCCCGCGGCACGCUCACGUCCUUCCCGGAAGUGUUCGGCAACUUCGGCGUCCUCCUCGGGUACGUGGCCAACUUUGCCUUCGCGAAGCUGCCCCUCCGCCUAGGCUGGCGCGCCAUGCUCCUCGCCGGCGCCGUCCCUCCCGUCUUCCUCGCCCCCGGGGUGCUCGCCAUGCCGGAGUCCCCCCGCUGGCUCGUCAUGCAGGGCCGCCUCGACGACGCGCGCCGCGUGCUCACCAGGACCACCGGCGGCCCCGACGAGGCCGAGCUCCGCUUACAGGAGAUAAUAGAAAGUCUGGGCGAGCACGGGAAGCGCGGGCGCGGGAAGGGCGUGUGGCGGGAGCUUCUGGUGCGGCCGACACCGUCUGUGCGGAGGAUCCUGCUGGCGGCCCUCGGGCUGCAGUUCUUCCAGCAGGCGUCGGGCAUCGACUCGGUGGUGCUGUACAGCCCGCGCGUGUUCCAGAAAGCCGGCAUCCGCUCCGACUCCAACUCCCUCGGUGCCACCGUCGCCGUCGGCUUCACCAAGACCGCCUUCAUCCUCGUCGCCACCUUCCUCCUCGACCGCGUUGGCCGCCGCCCACUCCUCCUCACCAGCGCCGCCGGCAUGGUCGCCUCCCUCCUCACCCUCGCCUGCGCCCUCCGCAUUAUCGACGAUCGCACCCACGACCACAGCGACGGUCACGGGAGUGCUGCUGCGGCGGUGGCGAUCGCGGCGGUGCUCAGCUUCGUGGGGUCGUUCUCGAUCGGGCUCGGCCCAAUCGCGUGGGUGUACAGCUCGGAGAUAUUCCCGCUGCGGCUGCGGGCGCAGGGGGCCAGCAUUGGGGCGGGUAUGAACCGGGUCAUAAGCGGGGUGAUAAUCAUGACCUUCAUCUCGCUCUACAACGCCAUCACCAUCUCGGGAAGCUUCUUCCUCUACGCGGGGAUCGCAGCGGUGGGGUGGGUGUUCUUUUAUGUCUUCUUGCCGGAGACGCGGGGGAGGAGCUUGGAGGACAUGGAGGUGCUGUUUGGGAAGAAGAGAGUGGAGGAGAACGAGAAGGAGAAGGAGGGAGGACAGAAGGGUGUGGUGGAGAACAAGGGAGAUGCUGAGGGUGAAAGUCAAGAGAACAAGUGUUAAAGAAGAAAAUUUGGGAUAUUGUUAGUAAUUUGUGGUGUGUGAUGCUUUAAUUAUUGGUAAAAGUAGUUAGGAUAAACUCAGCUAGUAUUUGAUACGGAAUUUGAUAGAAAGCUAUUAUGGAUGUGAAAAUUUAGCAUAAAUAUU